CAUCAUUUCCAUGUGUUUGGUUAGGAAUAUGAUUGAACAUCUAGAAAAGCUUCUUUCCCUGUCUUGAUAAGCUUUUGCUACCCAAAUUAACACGAAAACCACCAUGAUAAUGGAAAGAGAGACCAUAACAAUUUGUAUUGCUAUUUAGAUACUCACUCUCCCAUCUUCAUGAGAUCAUGAGUUCUAGUGAGUGGAGAUUAGAUAAUUCCUUGAAAUAAAACCAGUGAGGAAAUGAUAAGAAUGCCCGUAAAGAGAUACCGGGAGCAAGCAAUACCUUUAGAUGCAAGAACUCAUCAUCUCUUGCAGUUGGUCCCAAUCAUAUCUGUUCAUCCCAAGUUUCCGAUUUUGUUUAAGUAGGUUCUGUAUAUUGAGCGUCCUCUACCGUGUGGUUCGGAUUAAUUUGGAUGGCGGAGGCCUUUUUUGGAUGCAUGUGUAAUUACAGGAAAUAAUGGGGUUGUUUUAAGAAUCGGCCACAUGUAUUUUUGUAUUCUUUUUAUUUAUUUAUUUUUAUGGUAUGCAACACGAAUCAUGGUGAUACGCUGAAUCAGUAGCGAGAGAAGGGAAAGGAAGGAUUUCCAGGGAUCAAUUGAAGGCAAAGUCGCUCACCUCUCUCUCUGAUUCGCAGAUCUCUUUUCUUCAAUGGGUUUGUGGGAAGCUUUUCUCAAUUGGCUCAGGAGCCUAUUUUUCAAGCAAGAAAUGGAAUUAUCCUUGAUUGGACUUCAGAAUGCUGGGAAAACCUCACUUGUUAAUGUUGUUGCUACUGGUGGAUAUAGUGAAGAUAUGAUUCCUACAGUAGGAUUCAAUAUGAGGAAAGUAACAAAAGGAAAUGUUACAAUAAAGUUGUGGGACCUUGGUGGUCAACCCAGGUUUCGCAGUAUGUGGGAGCGAUACUGUCGUGCUGUUUCUGCUAUUGUCUAUGUGGUUGAUACUGCUGAUCAUGAAAACUUGAGUAUCUCAAAGAGCGAGCUUCAUGAUUUGCUGAGCAAACCGUCAUUGAGUGGUAUUCCCUUGUUAGUGCUCGGUAACAAGAUUGACAAGCCAGGAGCUCUGUCUAAAGAGGCUUUGACUGAGGCAAUGGGACUCAAGUCAAUUACGGACAGAGAAGUUUGCUGCUUUAUGAUCUCGUGCAAGAACUCUACCAAUAUCGAUUCGGUUAUUGAUUGGCUUGUGAAGCAUUCUAAAUCAAAGAGCUGAGAGGGCUGUUAUCCUGUGACUGUAUUUCUGUGUAAUAAUAUCUUGUUUGCUGAUUUACAUACUUCUUUGCUUGGAGAGAUGCUGUACGAUAGGUCAUUGUGUUUCUCAGUGCGUAUGCGAGGUUUUUCGUGGUGUUAACAUUCCAUAUAUGCUGCUGCUGUUUUUUUUUUUGGCUUUGUCAUUUUAGCGGAGCUAUGCCUCGCUGGUAAAGACUGAAUCUGGCUUUGGUGGAGGAGGGAAAUAGAUUUAGAACUGAAGGGGAUAUAUACACCAUUCUGGUUCGCAUGGAACUCUGUAAAGUACUUGUACACUAUUGCAUCUUUUAUUCCAUCUAAAAAUUUGUUUCUUAUGUGAAACAUCUUUCCCA